AUGAUCAGAGCACAAAGCUGCUCAUCCAAAUGCUUGGGCGCUGAUUCUCAAGAUUUUGGAUAUUUUCGUACGCCUCGUCACUCUGCCAAUCAUGGGCCGCUGACGCCGGAUGACAAGUUGCUGCUACCCGAUAUUAUGAAAUCAAUUCACAGCAUAUCUGAAUCCUCAGGUGGACGUUCCACUACCAAACAACAAGAAAUGAAUCCCAUGGAGCCUCGCACAAUGGAGCCGCACACUCGACCGCGUGCCGCUAUGGACUCUGGGGCUUCCAUUUCACCGACAUCACAUCCUGCAAUGCUAUCGCGGCACGAUGACGCCGCUCCUCGCUAUCAUCAUCGGCCCUCGACACCUUCUACAGGCUCUGUACACCUUUUGCAUUAUGCAACUUCCACCACUCCACUGCACAAUGAUACCGCUUCAUCUGUUUCAACACAGGCCACCGCGGCCACCUUGGCUUCUUCCGAGACCAACACAACUUCGAGACGUACCGGUCCUCUUUCCCAACAAUCUAGAGAGCGGGCUGCAUUGAUUAGGAAGCUUGGUGCCUGUCCCGAUUGCCGCCGUCGGAGAGUUGCUUGCCAUCCGAGCCAUCACGACAUGACAUGGGAAGAUGUUGUCCACAAGUUUCAUCAGUCCCAUAGCCCUACAAUGCACGAUGCUUCGCCAUCGUCUAUGCCGCUUGGAGGCUCGACAAGCCCAGUGGCGACCAUGAGAGAGCCUCAUGCGAUGUUUACGUCGGAUACACAAGAAAUGGAUAUUGAUGGCGGCCCGUCGACGUCACACCACCAUGCAAACCGGCUGUCUCUGAGCGACCCGCGAAUACGCACACCUUUGCCAUCAGGCCCGAGACUUGAGAAAUCUCUUUCACUUCCUGGAAUCGAAUCUUUUCGCAACGAUCUUCAGGCUACGGCAAACAGAAUGCUAUCAGCUACGAAUCGUGGCCGAUAUCUUGAUGCGCGAGCUCUGCUGCUGGUGUGGCAAGACGACGAUGACGCAGCAAAUGUGCAUGCAGCGACGCGAGAGCUAGCCGAUGUGUUUGAGAAACAGUACAGGUUUGCUUUUCAGAUACAAAGCAUACCUUCAACCGAACGAGGACUCGCCAAAGACACUUGGAGGUGGCUGUCCAGGACACUAGACAGAUUCGCGGACGAAGACGACCGACGCGAAGUGUUGAAGAUUGUGUAUUAUGCCGGUCAUACAUUCCUCGACGAAAAUAGAGAAAUGUGUCUCGCGAGCUCUCGUGAUCCAGAGCGAGCGUCAAUCGUGAGGUGGAGCACGCUGCAGCAACCCCUCGAACAGGCGUCUUCAGAUGUUCUGAUCAUAAUGGAUGCCGCCUUCUACCCAUGUUCCAGGAUCCUUCGAAAACAGGGCAUCAUGGAGAUUCUAGGGGCAUCCAUCUCAGAGGAUCAUUCAGUAUCCCUCGGCCGAUGCACGUUUACGAAGGCUUUAGCUGAGCAGCUGAGGAUACGCGCAGGUCGCGCAAGACCCCUCUCAGUCACCGAGCUGCAUGCUAUUCUGUUGAGCGCAUACCCGAAGCUUGUCCAGGACCGCCACCCGGAACACGAAGCUGUUAUGAGCUUUCCAACGCCGUUUCAUAUGAUGGUGAGCGGCAACUCGCGAUUGCCUUCCAUCUUCCUGGGUCCAAUGCAGCAGCACAGCCCCCACCGAGGCAGCUUUUCAUUCGACAAUAUGCCACAAAUCAGCCUCAAUGUACGACUAACGGACGAAAGUGUCGAUGUGGACAGCUGGAACGAGUGGCUGCGACUGAUCCCGGAGAGUGCCAGAGACGUCCGAGUGGAUGGCCCAUUCAGAGCUCAGUUCAGAUGA